UUCAAAACGGAAAAAUUGUAAUUAUUGAAACCCCUCGAACUUGACACUUUGUUACAGUCUCGUUACGAAAGUGCCUCUUCCGCUUUCAUAUUUUGGACAAAAUGGAGUUUAGUGAAAGUUGGAUUUAUUUUUAUCUGUUUGCUCUUAUGGCCAACCAUUCGAAGGGAAACGCAUCAGUUGUUUCGACUCCUGCGUGUUUGUUAAUGCAGAGAGCAACAUGUGGUUUAACCAUACCUGAUGAUAGCUGUGUAAAAAGGAUAGAUGAUUUUGUCGUUACAAUGGCUCUGUAUGGUACCAAAAGUGAUUGUGAAAAACUUGACCUCAGUCCUUAUAUAAGCUGUCUGAAAGAACUCAGAAAAGCAUCCAAGUAUGUUGGUAUCUCUGGGGACUACAUAUUAGACUACCCAUGUAUGUCAAAAGGCUGUGGUAUUAAUGCAUCAGAUUGUGGAAACAUCUCUAAUAAGCUAACAUCUACAAGCAUACACUUAACAGAUGAUGAGACUUUUCUUAUGUCGCCAGCUGGCCUCGUAAUUAUGUUCCUUGGAGGAAUUUUAACAGGAGUUCUUGUUACAUCUGUUAUCUUUAUUGGGUAUAUUAGAUGGAUGAAAGACCAGACUUCAAAACAGGAAAAUACGUACUUAGAUUUAGACCUGAGCGUUGACAAUGAAGAGAAACAGCCAGAGCGUACGCAAAGGGGUUCUGUAGCUUUUGUCAGAGAGAUAGCGUCUGUUUACUAUAGUCAACCAGUCAAUGUUGGAGAGGAAUCACCAAAAGAUCGUUCUUCGUCAUCGGUAAGAAGUCGAAUAUUUUCAUGGUCCUCAUCAAAGUCGAGAAAAUCUUUUACUGACAGAAAAUCAAGCCUGAAUAAAAUACCACAUAACAGUAAAUCUGCAGCAAAACAAAUGUUCUCCUAUGAACAACCAGUUCCUGAAGAAGGCAACGAUUAUGUGGACCUAGAUUCUCCAACUACCUCAACGCAAAAGUUGGAUUAUGAAAACGAGAAUACUGAACAUAAAAACAAAAGUAAUCCAAUUACAUUCAUUGAUGCAGAUGAGGAUCAAACAAAAAAUCCAUUGAAUGUGCUAGAAAACCAGACUGAAAAAUCAAUUCACAAUUAUGCAACAACAGACGAAUUGCAUAGCAAGACUGAAAAUCCUUACAGUGAUAAUAAACAGAAAACGACCGACCAAAUUUGACGAUGAUUUCAAAUAACAUACAGUUUUUCAAAGCAAGUUUUACAUCAAGUUUCAGAACUGUUCCAAUAUUUAAUCUUAGUUAGGAACAAAUUCUGAAAAUUCUAAAUCAAUACAAAAUGUGAAAUAAUAGAUCAUAUACUAUUUCUUCAAGCAUUUGCCUAUAUCCGUCCUUUAGUUCUAGACUGAAAUAUAAAUCUAAGGAAAGAAA